GUGGAGGCAGCCGGGCUCAGUGGUUUGUGGACAGGCAGUCUGCUGCUGCUGCUGCUGCUGCUGGAGGCACCACUGCAUCUAAGAGUCUGAUGGAGGAGGAGGUCACAGAGCCCGAUCCCCAGACGGCGGAGCCCUCUGGCAUGCUGCCGCCGGGGACGCACUCAGAGGUAAACGGAGACUUGCCGGGGAACCCGUACCUGAGGGACGGGACGUUGGACGUGAUGGAGAGUCCAGUGAGGGAGCCUGUUGUGCUGCAGUAUCCUGCUGAGUACAAUCACAGCCACCAGUAUGGGGAGAAGAUGCCGUUCCACCAUGUGACGGCAGGCCUGCUCUACAAGGGGAACUACCUGAGCCGCUCGCUGUCAGACAGUGACAGCGACGUGCUGGCCAGCAUCUCCGUGGAGGAGCUUGACGAGAUCCGGGAGGCGUUUAAGGUGCUGGAUCGUGACGGAAACGGGUUCAUUUCCAAGCAGGAGCUGGGUAUGGCCAUGCGCUCUCUGGGUUACAUGCCCAGUGAGGUGGAAGCUGGCAUCAUCAUGCAGAGACUAGACAUGGAUGGUGACGGACAGGUGGACUUCGAUGAGUUCAUGACGAUCCUCGGACCCAAACUCCUGUCGUCUGAAACGAGAGAAGGUUUCCUGGGCAGCACAAUAGAUACCAUCUUCUGGCAGUUCGACAUGCAGAGGAUCACCCUGGAGGAGCUGAAACACAUCCUGUUCUACGCCUUCCGCGACCACCUCACCAUGAAGGACAUCGAGAACAUCAUCAUCAACGAGGAAGAGAGCCUGAAGGAAAACUCUGGGAACUGUCAGACAGAGUUUGAGGGAGUUCACCCCUCAAAGAAGAACCGUCAGACGUGUGUGAGGAAGAGCCUCAUCUGCGCCUUCGCCAUGGCAUUCAUCAUCAGCGUCAUGCUCAUCGCAGCCAAUCAGAUGCUGAGGAACGGCAUGGAGUAGCCGUGCUCACUGUGAGCGGGGGGACAAGCCAGCCUGCAUGUGCAUGCCAGUGGGUGAGGUCAUGUCCCUGCUGAUUGGAAAAGAACUACAAAUAAUUGUGAACGAGAUCCAUUUUUAAAAUUACUCUUAGUUUUUUUUUUUUCGAGCGAGCGGCGCCUCUCCGCCCGACGUCCAAUGAAACCAUGAAGCCAGCAUGAGGAGUCAUGCAGGACUCCUCCCACUUUACUCUGACAGGGACACUCAAGGGCUGACAUUACACAUUAUACUCCGUCGUCUCUGUUUCCCUGAUGCAAUAAAAAAUAAUGUAAAAAGAAAAAGAAAAAAAUAUUGAGUGCAGAAGUUCAGAGCUGCUUCCUUUCCCAGCGAGAUGUGACUGUGUGUGUCUGCAGAUCUGUCACCCACCAGGAGUCUGAUGAGCCACCAGGGCUGCAGUCUGGGCCCUGACAGGGGAUGCGAGGAGGGGGAACAGUUGCCCCCUUAUUAUAGUUCCUGGAAGAAUGAUGGCAGAGCUCGCCGCCACUCAAGCAGAAGGAUCUGCAAGCGUCAGGCCACAGCUCCUGGAGCUCUUGUGGUGCUACGAUACUUCAGCUCUCCAACUUUCUAUUUUCAACUUCUGCAUCUGGGGGCUGGUAUGAGGCGCUGGCAUCAGUUCAACAGCGCCACAAAGCAAACAGUCAAGAGAGGAACGUGUUAAAAGGUAACUCCAGGACUUGUGAUGUUCAUGAAUGAAUACAGCUGCUCUCAAAGUUUAGUUUUGGAUCCUCUCUCUCUCUUGGAUACUGUUGGGUGAACACUGUUCAAAGUGCAAAGAAGAGGUGACUGUGUCUUUUAAUUAAAAAAAAAAUCCACCCUCCAGUGCUCUCUCACUGUUAUAUCAUCUAUCUGCGUUGCUCCGUGCUCUCCAGGAGUUAUUUUGUGAGGUGAUUUGAUCCAACUUUUUUGGUCUACCUACUUUCUCUCAGUCUGUCUCGUCUACUUUUACCUCAGUUGAUUUCCUAUAUUUCCCAAAAAUGACUUUGGACAACCUCCAGAGAACAGGUGUGAACCCAUCGCACUCAGCUGUGUGUUCAUGUGUAGGUGGAAAGCGCAGUGACAGAUGCAUGAGAGAAAUAGCAAGAGGUUUUCUGGUUGACAAAACCUGAAUUGCACCUUUUACUCUAAAUGAAGCCUUUGCUCUUUAAUCCUGAGCGACUGACACCGAAACCUAACAUGUCAUUAAUGUUUUAGAUGCUCAUUGUACAUUUUGAACAUCUGCUCUCAAAUUCAGACAUGUUGGAAAAUGAUGUGAUGCCACAUCUGAGUCUGACCAAACAGCCAAGCUGACUUGGGAAUGGAAGGUUUAUCACCACAGACAGAGGAUUUUUAAACAGUGAAGAAGAGUUUCAGGGUGGAUUUUUUUUUUUUUUUUGUCCAUCAAAUCACCAUGAAUCGAGUUAAAGACUUCUAACCUUGGUGUUGUGAAAAGUUUUGAUCCCCUUCAGAUCCCUGUGCUCAGAAACAGUUUGGCAUCAGUUAAUUACAUUUUUUUUUGUUUGUGAUGUGUGCACUAUUUGUAUUUUGAUAUUAGGUUCUAUUAAUUUGUUCUGGCUAAUUUCAAAUACAGAAAUAGAAUAAAAGGCUGUGCAAAACUAAGGCACCUUAUCACAUGUACACAUAAACCCUUAUCAUCUGUUGUUGACUGUAGAGCUGAAAUUCAAACAAAGUUGAUCAUUUUUUAAUAAUUUUAGUCACUUUUUCAGCAAAAAUGACAAAAAAAAAAAAAAACAGAGUUGUGAAUAUUUGCUUGUUUUCAUUGUCUUGUCUAUAGAAGUGAAUGUAGAGUAGAUGCAAGGCUCCAGGUCAUUAGAGCUGGGAUAGAAAAGUUCAUUUAAAGACAGAAAUACUUUCAGUUAAACUGCAGCUACAACCUGAAGAUGAGAUCUGAGCAACAUGGGAUGUGAAAGUUUUACCAAAUAUGUUCCUUACACAGAUUUACCCACUUACUUUAACACUCACUAUAUUUCAUUUCUCUUUAUUUUGAAGCUCAGAAAUGACUGAACAGACCACAGAUAAUUAGAUCAGAUCAUUUCAUUUGAAAUCAUUUUGUUGGGUCUGCAGACUUUCUCACAGCACUGAAUAACUUAAAGACACGCUGUGCUCCCGCUGAGGUCAGCUCUGAACUCCUGCACUGACUCUCAUCUCAACAUGUUAACCCAGAAACACCCAUAUUAUCAAGUGCAUGCUAUCAAGUCAGUGUCUUCUGUAAAUACCGUAACCCAUGUCUGAAGUGUCUCAAGUGUCUGUCGAAGGUGUACAGUAUCUCUGUAUGUGCAUGACUCUUGGUGCUCUCUGCUCACUCGGGUUCAGAGGUGCGGG